AGCUCCUUACCCUGUGGGGCCUCAGUGACCUCAUGUAGAAAAUGACACUUGGACUUCACUCUGGGUCGCGAGACACAGCACAGAGCUGACACUUAGGAGACAAUCACGAACAGAUCUUCCACAGGCUGGGUGCUGUGCACCUCUGAGGGUGUUUCUGCAAAGCCCAGCGUCAUCAGGACUUGAGGGGGAGGGAAUGUGCACCCCUUCCUCCCUCUGGCAUGGACCUGCCUAAACCGUGUGUUGGGCUGUUAAGAUCCAGAGAGUUCCUUUUUUCAUUGCAGUCAGGUGUUUUCAGAGCCUCACCACUCACUGAUGCCGGCACCAGUUCCUUCCAGCCCAGAGGCCUCUUUGCGGCUCCGCAGGACAGCCCUGCCCUCUGCCCAAGGUCCAGGGUGGAGCUGGAAAGCUGACAGGGGGGUAGAGCCUGACACAGAUGGAGGCCACCCUGCGAUCCUGCUCUACUCCUGCCUCUCGCCCUGGCUUCUGCCAGCCCGCCGGCCCUGCCCACCGGUGCAGAGCAAUACUGUCCAGUUCAGCAGCCGCUGACACGCGGGGCUGUAAAGUGUGUGUGGCCAGCUGAAUAACGCUCUCCAAAGAUGUCUACACCCUAAUCCUCAGAUCUCAAAAAUAGAAGAGGGCCGCAGAUGGAAGAAGAUGGAUUCUUGCAAGAUCUGAUGCCUGCCAUGCCUGGUUCACCAUGCUGUGACAAGUCUCAGGGAACAGACAUGUUAGGACACCGUGAGGUCUGAUGGCCCUGCAUAUGUGACAGGUUAGUGCUGUGACUAAACCUCCUCUGCUGUAAUCUCCCAGCCCCCGCCCCCCAUCUUUAAAAUUACCAAGUAUUUCAAACAUACAGAGAAUAGAGAAAACGUUUUGGACUUGAGAAGGAGAAGGAUCAUUGCGAAGAAUUACAGACAAGACACCCAGCUUUGCCAAAUCUUGACACCUUGCCAUAUUUGCUUCAGAUUUUUUUUUCUGAAAAAUAGGACAUUACAGAUAAAAUUAAAUCGCCUGUGUUCCUCUUUCUGAUCUCAUUCCCAUCCCUCCCUUCCCAGAGGUAACUACUAUUCUAAAUUUAGUGUCUUUGAUUUCUUAUGCAUGUUUUCACACUUUCACUAUCUGACUGUAUCCCUAAAACUACAUAUAUAGCAUAGUUUUGAAUUAAAAAAAAACUUUUGGUAUCACACUAUUCUACCACUUGAUGUUCCCUUUUUCUUUUUUUUUUCUAGACUCUUAUCUAUGUUGAGGCUACAGCCUCAUUUUAUUUUCCCUCCCAGUAUAUUAUUCCAUUGCACAGAUAGAUCACAAUUUAUCUGCACUGCUGUUGAUGGACAAUUAAUCAAUUCCUCAUUUUUCAUAAUUAUGUGCUGAGUGAGUGAAGUCACUGAAUUGUAGGCACGAGCAUCUUCAACUUUAUUAGAUGUUGCCAAACCUCUUCUUCAGAGAAGUUGUACCAAUUUACACCUCCAUCAGGACUGUACAAGGGUUCCAAGGGUGCCACCUCUUCACCCCCUCCACCCUUCUCCCAACAUUGAUAGAAUGCUUACUCCUUGCCAGUCCGGAGGAUGUGAAAUGGCGUCUCACAGCUCUUUUCAUUUGCAUCUCUCCCAUGACCCGUGAGGUUGAACAUCUCUUUACAUUUUGGCCACCUAGGUUUCCUCUUUUGUGAAUUGCCUGUUGAUGGUCUUAACCCAUUUUUUAAAAAAAUGAUUGUCUUUCUCUGGUUUGUCCAUGCUUUCAACCUACUUCUGCCAGAUCGCAAAGCAAACUCGGAUCAUGGCCCUUCUCAGUUCUCAAGUCCCCGAAGCUCUCUAGGAUACACAUAACUUACAACCUUGCUCAGUGGUCCUGAUUUGCCGUGGGCUGAAAACAAAGCUCAGCCCAGGACACUCAGCUCCACCUUCUCCUCCAGCCUUACCGUCUGCACCCUGAACUCCGGUCCAGCGGACACAACUCACUCCGUCCCAGGCCUACUGCACACACCAUGCCCUAGGCCUGGAAUGCCUCCCUCCUAUCUCCACAUUUCCUCUGAAUGCCACCUUUUCUGUGACAGUUCUCAAUUCAAAGUUGGAUUUGCCUCUAAACGGUCAGGUGAAACUAUACCUUUCUAGUGGUAUUUAUCAUUUCUCCUUUUGUAGUAUUUUAACCACUCCUCAUCUUGCCCAUCACUUUUUCAUUGACAAAAACACCCGCCCCUGCAUUAUGCUAUUUUGUCCUCAUCUCUGCAAUGGCCCUGUGAAUUGGGGUAGUACCCCUACCCUCUCUGAACAGAUAGGGAACGUGGCCUACAGGGGGAAUAGUUCGCCCAACAUCUUACUCUGGCUCAGAGGCAGAGGUGGACUUGAAGCCAGGACUCCUCCAAUUCCAUGUCCAGCUCGCUGCACCACGCCCCUCAUAUUUAUACAUGCAUGUUGUUGCUGCUUGAGCCAACACCUGACUCCCCCAUGAGACUGUGGGCCCCAUAGCUCCCAGUUCUAGUCCUACCCAGGGGGGCACUCAAUGAAUAUAUAAUUUCUUGACAAAGUACGAUAAUCACUUACUGCAUACCCACUGGCUGCCGGGGGCUUUGCAUACAUUCACCCUAACCUUCCCAACAACUCUAUGAGGAGACUGGGGUUUAAGAGUUGAAGUGCUAUGCUCAGGGUCCCACGGCCGGUAAUCAGUGCAGUUGGCCUAUGAGACCCAGAGGUAAGUGCUUCCAACUGUAAUCUCUGCCCUGUGCAUCCUAAAGGUAGACCCAGCCAGCCAGAGAGAUCGCACCCCAAGGCCCAGAGGCAGGGGGCCAAGGGUGGGCAACUUGACAGUCAACAGGAGGGACUGGGGGCUGGGGGAGUAUGGUCCACCCGCUACACCCAUGAUGUCCACACUCCACAGCCUCACGGGUGUCUGUGCAGUGUGAUGGUAGCAGGUAAGAAGAGGGCUGAGGGAUAAGGAGAGGGGUUGGCAAGUAUUCUCCAGCCCCCAACCCCCAAAGAGUAAGUCUGGAUGGGGACAUUGCUGCCCAUUCUCCCCAGGGCAAGGACUGGAUAUGACGGGAGCCACGCCCCUUUCCUCAAUCUGCUAUUCCUAUGACUCUGUAUGCUGUCUUUCACUGUGUGCCACUUAUUUAAAUGUUGUGUUUGUGUGUGUGGUAUGUAUUUGCAACUGUAUCUUUGUGUUGUGUUUCGGUGCAUUACGUCUGUGUGCAAUUUGCUGUUGGUGUACUCUGUUUCUCUUGUGCGCCUGUGUUACGGCUCUAUGCCUGUUUGUCUACUCUAUGUGUACGUUUUGUUGUGUGUCCGUGCUGUGUACACGGUGUGUCUCUCCUAUGUAUCUAUGUCCAUACUCUGUAAUUGCCUCUUUAUUGUGUGUUGUGUCGUGUGUAUCAUGUGUUGUGAAUUUGUGUUUGUGCCGUGCGCAUUGUGGAUCUGUUUCUGUGUGUGCUCUCUACACCGCAAGUGCAGGAUGUUUGUGUGUUCUGUUGUGCGAAUCCCGUUUGGGUUGUUCUAGGUCUGUGUCUACGCAGGGAGUCCGUGUGUAUCUGCACCUCCCCAAUGUGUGUCUGUGCCAGCUGACGUCUGUGCCCUGCGCGCAGAGUUGUGUUUCCUCAACAAGUGUGUGCCGGCUCGGAGUGCCGCGCGCGCCUCCUCGUGUGCCCGCGUUGUGCCUGCGCCUCCGCCGGGCGGUCGUGCCGGGGUGCAGGCUCCGCGUCCGUGUGCGCUCGCGCCGCUUGUCUGCGUCCGGCGCGCGGUGGCGGCGGAGGAUGCGCGCCCGCGGGGGCGGGGGCGGAGGCCGGGGCGCGGCGCGGGGGCGGCCCGGGGGCGGGAGUGGGCGAGCCGGCGGGCGGGCGGUGCUGCGGGGCCCCGCGGCCGCGGGCUCCAAUGGCGAGGCCGGCGCGGCCCCCGCUAAUUACAUAAGCGAGACGUCAAUAAUUCGCGGGAAAACGCGAAAAAGAUGGCGCCCCGCGCCCGGGGGGCCCCUUCCUGAGCGCCCCGGCCCCUCCCUCCUCCUCCGCCCCCCCUCCUCCCCGCGGCGCCCCCGCCCCGCCCCGCCCCCGCCGAGACCCCGACCCCGGCCCCACGGGCGGACACUCGGCCGGGCAGCCGCGGGCCGAGCGCAGCCACCUCCGCCGCCGAUGCGCCUGGUGGCCAGACUCCAAGUGGGACCGGCGGACACGCAGCCUCGCGUGUCAGUGGAAGCUGAUGGAGAAUCGAGGUCUGGACCCAGGGACUCGGGACUCCUAUGGUGCCACCAGCCACCUCCCCAACAAGGGGGCCCUGGCAAAAGCCAAGAACAACUUCAAAGACCUGAUGUCCAAGCUGACAGAGGGCCAGUAUGUGCUGUGCCGGUGGACAGAUGGACUGUAUUAUCUCGGGAAGAUCAAGAGGGUCAGCAGUUCUAAGCAGAGCUGCCUUGUAACUUUUGAAGAUAACUCCAAAUACUGGGUCUUGUGGAAGGACAUACAGCAUGCUGGUGUUCCAGGAGAGGAACCCAAGUGCAACAUCUGCCUGGGGAAGACAUCAGGACCACUGAAUGAGAUCCUCAUCUGUGGGAAGUGUGGCCUGGAAAGGCGGCGCGCUGAAGAAGGGCGCCAUCGCCAGGACCCUGCAGGCUGUGAAGAUGGUGCUGUCCUACCAGCCUGAGGAGCUGGAGUGGGACUCGCCCCACCGCACCAACCAGCAGCAAUGCUACUGCUACUGCGGCGGGCCGGGAGAAUGGUACCUGCGGAUGCUGCAGUGUUACCGGUGCAGGCAGUGGUUCCACGAGGCCUGCACCCAGUGUCUCAAUGAGCCCAUGAUGUUCGGAGACCGGUUCUACCUGUUUUUCUGCUCCGUGUGCAACCAGGGCCCAGAGUACAUCGAGAGGUUGCCCCUGCGAUGGGUCGAUGUGGUUCACCUGGCCCUCUACAACCUGGGGGUGCAGAGCAAGAAGAAGUACUUUGACUUUGAGGAGAUUCUGGCCUUUGUCAACCACCACUGGGAGCUCCUGCAGCUUGGCAAGCUCACCAGCACCCCCGUGACGGACCGAGGACCGCAUCUCCUCAACGCUCUGAACAGUUAUAAAAGCCGGUUCCUCUGUGGCAAGGAGAUCAAGAAGAAGAAGUGCAUCUUCCGCCUGCGCAUCCGCGUCCCGCCCAACCCCCCCGGGAAGCUGCUGCCCGACAAGGGCCUGGUGCCCACUGAGAAUGGCGCCUCUGAGCUGCGUAAGAGAGGAAAGAGCAAGCCUGGUUUGUUGCCUCAUGAUUUCCAGCAGCAGAAAAGGCGAGUUUAUAGAAGAAAAAGAUCAAAGUUUUUGCUGGAAGAUGCUAUCCCCAGUAGUGACUUUACCUCGGCCUGGAGCACCAACCACCACCUAGCCAGCAUAUUUGACUUCACGCUGGAUGAGAUACAGAGUUUAAAAAGCGCCAGCUCAGGCCAGACCUUCUUCUCCGACGUGGACUCCACUGAUGCUGCCAGCACCUCUGGCUCCGCUUCCACCAGCCUUUCCUACGACUCCAGACGGACAGUGGGCAGCCGCAAGAGGAAGCUGGCAGCCAAAGCGUACAUGCCACUGCGGGCAAAGCGGCGGGCGGCCGAGCUGGGUGGACGCUGCCCCUCCGACAGCAGCGCAGAGGGGGCCUCAGGCCCUGAGCGGCCCGACGAGGGCAUCGACAGCCACACGUUCGAGAGCAUCAGUGAAGAUGACUCGUCCUUGUCCCACCUCAAGUCAUCCAUCACCAACUAUUUUGGCGCAGCCGGGCGGUUAGCCUGUGGGGAGAAGUACCAGGUGCUGGCUCGGAGGGUCACGCCUGAGGGCAAGGUUCAGUACCUGGUGGAGUGGGAAGGGACUACCCCUUACUGACCAGCCCCUAAAGGAUGCCAGCAGUCCUGGAAACCAAAGGAGAGACAGCGGAAGCCACAGGCUCCCCUGUUCUCUCCAGGCUGGGGUGGGGGAGGGAAGCAAGACGGAGCUGCAAGUGCCUGGCCAGAGCCCUGCCUGCCCGCCUGCCUGCCAGGGCUGUGCCUCCGCUGUGCCCGUUCUGCUCUCCGGCCCCCUCAGGCUCACCACCUCUUUGCCUGUGUCUCUGAGGUCCCGCUGGCUACUUCUCAGUGUCUCCACACACUCUCUCAAACUGUUUACCUGUUCCUCUGAAUUAGUGUCCUGCUGGCUCUGUGGGCUGUUCCUGAGGCCCGAGUCUUUGUCCCCAGUGCGUCCCUUUACCUUUCCUUCCCCUUUUGGGUGUGUGUGUUUACACACCCAACCCUCCACUGGACAUCCUUACACCUGACCCAUCCCAGGGACCACAUCAUGAGAACAGAAACCUUUGAGAAAGACUGGGUGAAGGUGGGUAAGAGGAUGCCUUGAGGAGCCUUUCCCUCUCACUUUCCCGCCUCUCCUUCUGCCCUUGGGAAGAGGUGGUGAGGGUGGGAGAGAGAAUGCCUCUGGAAAGCCUGUGUGGCAGAGGCCCUGGGACCUCAGGAUCUGAGGCGUGAGGAGACUCGGCCUCUGCUUCCGAAGGCACCAGCACCAGAGCCCAGUUAUUAAGGCCCAGAGUGCAGGCUGCAGGCGUCAGCUUCUGAGACCCGUGUUCCCUCCCCUGGCUACAUCCCUCUCUGUUACCAUGGAGCUGGGCCUGGCCUCGCAAACCUGAGGCUGAAGGAAAGGAAGCCGUGUCCUGCUACACCUCAGACUGUCUCCUCUGCCUCCCACCCGCAGACUCACCCCCCCACGCAGAAGCUUCCAUCUGCAUGUGUGCUUUCACCUCCAGGCACACACACGGGCCCCGGCCUCCAGGUGUACACACACCACACACACCACACCCACCCACCCACCCACCCACACACACACACACAUAUACACAUACCCACACAUUCCUUAGGGUGCCAGCGUGGCUCCUGCCCUUGGCUUUUCCUUGGCUCUCUUCUGGGGGCCAUGUGCUGCAACUCAGUGUGAACAUCCAGCACCUGCCCGUGAACCAGCUGCGACCCUAGAGGGAGGCACGGGGGACUCAUACCCUCUUCCUUAUCCCCUGCCCCGUUCUGAAAUUGACAAUCACUUUUGGGGCAGGUUGGGAUUUUUUUAAAGGGCCUGAGUCAUUAAGUCCCCUCAAAGGGAAGCCUUUGUCAGUGGGAAUAUACAGAGUUCUUAGAACCAACAUUAAAACUCAGACCCACCUGGAGGGAGACCAAAAAUGGGAGGGGGAGGAGACCCCUCAUUUUUGCUGCUUCCAGAGGUAUUAGAAACUGACUCACUUGAUUGGAAAGAAGUGCCUUGACUGGGGCGAGGGGUGUUACCUGAUGGGGACCAUCCUUGCCAACUGCUGCUGUGGCCUCCAGCUCGGCUGGGUUUUGGAGGCUGCCGGCUGCAAGGUGAAGGGGGGUGAACAGUGAGCUGAGAGCAGCAGGCCUGGAGCUGGUUUUUCCAUUAGGCUGACCCCUCCCCAUCUGUGGGCAUUCAGGGGGGUCCCUGAGAGAGUUCAGAUGCCCCUUGCCUCAAACCUCAGCCCCAACAGUGCCUUUCAACUGGGACCUCACCUCCUGUACACAGCCCACCCACUUCCUUCUGCUUCCCAGCAUGGUCCAGGCAGGAACAAGCUGGUUGGGCCCAGUUCUCUCCCUUCUCAGCUCCACAGCUGCUGCCACUGAAGCCCACAACUGGGGCCAGGUGGAAGGGGAGCUGAGAAGGCAGCCCCCAACCGCCUGAAGUACGGGGCCAGACCUAACCGGGUGCCUCCUGCCUGGCUCCAGAGAACACAGCAGCCUCCCAGGCCUGCCUUCCAGGCUCCUGAGAAAGUGCAGGAUGAACACAGCCUGUCAGUGGACCUGCACCUCCUCUACUCAAGCUCCAGAGGCUCUGGCCUUGAAGAGGAGGACGGGGGGAGACAGUGUCUUCCUCACCUGGAGGUCAGUGUAAGGCCUGGCAAGGUCACACUGACUCCACACCCCAGCAUUUCAUUCAUACCUGAAAAUAGCUGCAUUACUGCCAACUGACCUUAUCAUAACCCUGUGCACCUUCGAAAAGAUUUAUGGUUUUGAAUUGCUGCUUUUAAUAACAUUUGUUAUAUUAAAAUUAUAAUUAAUGUGUCUGAUUUACAA